CAUUCUCACUCAGGUUGAAUAGAGGACAACAGACAUGUGGUCUUGUCAGUCAUCUCCAUGUGCUUCCUUUCUCCAUUUUGUUCUCAGAAUUGUGCGCGCUAGUGUAUUUGCAUAAGCGCGCACGUGUACAUGCGAAUGAUCUGCAGUGGUCACUGACUGCAAAGGAACCAGACUAAAAAAAAGCAGCGCUACCACAGGUUCUCAGCUGCCAGAACUUGUUUGCUUUCUGCUAUCUAGUGCAAAGAAAUAACGUUAGGGUGUGGGUGCAGACAAAUAUCCUGUUCUUUCCUGUGUAAAGGGUUGAAAAUGGCAGCUCUGCGUCAUGGCCUAGUGUGGCUGCUGCUGGCUCUGCUGAGUGCAGGAGUAUGGACUCAGGACACAAUGGAGGUAGAGGACGAGAACCCGGAUAAAGCAGAGGAGCUGGGGGACUGGAGUACAGAAGAAUCUGAGGAGGAACGUGGAGAAGCAGCGGACGAGGAUGCACAGGAUCUAGGAGGAGAGAGUGAUGAUGAGGGAAAUGAAGAAACCGAGGGAGACGAUGAUGAGAAAGAAGAAGUAUCAAAAGAUGAUAAAGAUGAACAGGCAAAGGAGGAAGAAUCUGCUAAGGAAGAGGACCGCGCAGAGGAGGGUGAUGCUGAUGUAGAGGAGGAAGAGGCUGAGGUUGAGGCCACUUCAGAACAUGACGUUGAAGGUACAGAGGAGGAUCCGACUGAAGAUGUGGAGGAAGACGAAACUGAGGAGGAAGAUGCAGUAAAUGAAGCAGACGAAGAAGAAGCCGAGGAAGAAGAGGAGCAAGCUACCAAACCUGAGGACAACGAAGAAAGCGAGGAGGGUGUUGAUGAACCACAUUCUUCAGCGGAAGACACUGAUGAGGAUGAGGGCAAAGACGAUGAAGACGAGCAAGAACAAACAGACACAGACGGUGAAGCUGAAGAAGACGCUGAUGAUGAUGAAAACCUUCAAGAAGCUGAGGCAGAAGCUGCCCCAUUGUAUUACAAGGGAUCUUUGUGUGGCCUGUGUUCUAUCUGUGAGCACUGCAGUAGUUGCGAUAUGUGCCCGUGUGAGGCAGGAGACUCGGCAGGACAUUGCCAACAUUGUGAUCAAUGCUCCUACUGCUACAUAUGCCCUGUGAUCUGUGAGACAAUAUGCGAGCCAGGUGGCUUUGUGGACGUAAUAUCAGGAACAGUGUAUCAAAGGAUCGCCUCCUAUCUCUGAGGACAUCUGACAUCUCCUCCUAGACCAUCCUGUGGUGGACAGCAGAAGUUCAGCUCUUCAGCAGAGCGAAGAUUGCCGGCAUAAUGAUGGAAACGAGGCCUUUAAUCGUUUAUAGUAGCAGAAGAAAGCAGGAUAAAUUUUUAGAAGUUUGUUUAAAUGCUACCUUUUUUGUUUACAAAAAUACAUUUUAUCACAAAUUCAAGCAAUCUGGACUAUUUAUUUUUUGGGUGCAUUAGAUUGUUUUAUGACAAAAUAAAAAAUUAUUUGAAUAAA